GGCAGGGUUUUUUUUGGCGCUCGCGCAGCUGCAACAUUCUGCACCACACGCGGGUGAGAAGAGAACGAAGCUGCUUGCUUUCUUUCCGUCGUCCAUUCUACAUUAGGUUUUUAUUGAUUUGCAAGGUGAGUCCCUCAAGAUCCAACUUCGAAUUAUUAUGCAACGUGUAGUGUAGACUGAUCAUUGAUGUUAUGCAUAUUUGUGCCGUCCAGCCACAGUAGCCAACUUGGUUACUAACGUUACAGCUUUGCUAGCUAAUGUUACCAAAGCUACGCUGACAAAGGGAUUUAAUUGCGCUAGCUAGUUAACUAGCUAGCACGCGUAGCUAUGUAACUUCGCUUGAUAGUCAGCUAGCUGCCCUUUAUCAAAGGAAUAUCUGAUUCUCACUGCCUAAUCAACUAACAAGUGCUAAUGGAAUGUUCCAUUUGCAGCUUUUGGGCCUUGCAAUCACAAUUGAGCCGGCCAUUGUGCCAACCCAAACGUCUGGUAGCUAGCUAAGCCUUGGAAGUUUGCUAACGAAGUCUAAGAUUGCUAAAUUCCACUUCGCAAGCAAACUAACAAACUACCCCACAAUGUCUAGUUAACUAAUGUUAACACUCAGUUAACACAAUUUAGUUGUGUUCAAUUGAGUAGUUAGCUUUGAGGAACUACUAAGCUUGUUAGUACAGUCAAUGCAAGCAUUAGACUAGCCCUAGGCCUGAAAAAUAUUCUCUAGUUGGGGGGGGGGGGGGGGGGCAACGGAAUCUGUAGUUAUAACGUUAGAUUAUGUAGAUAUAAACAGCUAACGUUGGCUAGAAGCCAAUAUAGCUAACAGUAACGUUACAUAAAAUACAAUUACAACCUGUGUGCCGUUUUUAUUUAGCUAGCUAACAAAGUUAUUUUGUUAGCAUUGUCUGUGUGAGGAUAGAGGAAUGAUUGAUGAAGUGCAAAACGCACGAGCUCCAUAAUAGCCUAGGCAGCCUAUAGUGGGCGCUGGAUCUGCACUACAAGGUGGUUGAAAUGGUUUUAUUAAGACGUUACACAUUUUCACGUCUUUUUUCCGGCUGCUCGCCAUUCGAUGGUUAAGGAGGGUAAUUAUGCCUGGCAGCGGAAUGGAUUAUGCUUUAUGUACAAGCCGGUUCACCGGGGAUGCGAGUGUAUUACCGGUAAUGCACAUCAAUCCUAGACGAUAGAGGGCGCUACAUCUGCACUAUCGGCUGCCUAGUCUAGCUCCAUAAGCGAUUCCCCUCCACUUUUAGCAUGUGAGCAUGAUCUGUUAGAACAAACAACUAUCAGCGAAGAAACAUGUUCAUCAUAGCUAGCUAGUUAAGGAUAAUUACAGAAAACGAUGGGUAACACUAUAUUUGGGUAAGAGGUAUCACUACUUUUAACUUUUAAAGUAACUAUCCAGUGUAAACAGAUUUGUAUUAAAUAUGACCUAUAAUUGAUUACAAUAUGAGUGAAAUAGUUUUCCUUCCAAAAAAUGGUAAUGAAGUAUGUUAAAAGCAACUUUUCUGUGUUGGAAUGGUGUGGGUGUACCUCAACAGAAUGGAACGCAAUAGUAAUGGCUUCCCUUUUGUUCUAUGAAAUGAUCUUCAUCAGCUUUUUUGGGAAUUUAAGCAUUUAUGUAAUCAAAACCAGUCAAAAGAUAACGAUGUGCUAACACUAAGGCCUCAUUUUGCAUACAAUAAUUGUGUGUAAAUGUAUUGGGUGAAUAAAGGUAAUUUUGGCCAUUUCACCACUGCUUGUAUAUUCUUCAAAAGCCAAGGGGGAUAGCUAAACCUAAUCCAUUUAAGCAUUUAUGUAAUCAAAACAAGUAAAAAUCUAGUGACCUGCUAAUAUGUAAAAAUUAAAUAAAGCGUAUACCUUUUGACUUCUAGCUAACAGGCUUAGCUUACAUUAUCAGAUGGACCCAAAGUCUCCUAUGGACAACAUCAUUUGGGAAACAAUAAAACGAGCACCUUCCUGCUGAAGAGAUGGUUGCAGCCUGGAGCAAAACAAUAUACCAUCCUUGCGUUUUCGUUCGAGCUGGUAGGCGGAAAGCUAACUAGCCUUUUGGCGAACUCGUGUAUCGGGACUAAUUUGCGUGGUCGGCGUAGUGACGUGAGAAAUGUUGCUAUUGAUGUUGUAGUUCCAUUUCUGAUAGUUAGCCACUAAUCAGCAACUGACUUAAUUUGAGCACAUAGUCUUCAUUAUUCAUAAAGGUCAUGUUAACUGAUCUCAUAGAACAAAAUGCAUAAGAUCUAAGCCUGUGUAAAUCUUAUUUUCGGGGUAUAGACCAAAAACCCAUUCAUUUCCCCAAUAGGAAUGACCAAUGAACUAGGGGUAGAAAAUGCUAACUCAUUGCUGGUUUUUAGGACUACAAGCUAUGGUGUGGUCGUAUACCGGGCCUAAAAAAUAUUUAUGCGAGUAGACCGCUGAUUGGCCAGCUCAUCAUCCCCUAUGAGGAAAUGGCACGUUGGGUGUCACAGUAUCACUUGAAAAACAAUCUGAUAUUAAUAUUGUAUUGCUAGUCUGGACUAUAGCCUGUGUAAGCAUUGUGUCAGGUGGUCUCAUGUUAUUAAAACCCAAAUUCGUCUCUUUAAAAAGAUGAAAACCUCCUCCCCUCUUGUUUCGCAGCCUAACAUGGGUAAAAAGCAGAAUGGCAAAGGGAAGAAGGAGGUGCUGGAGGCAGAGCCGCCGGAGGAGUAUGUUGUGGAGAAGGUGAUGGACCAGCGCAUCGUCAACGGGAAGGUGGAAUUCUUCCUCAAGUGGAAAGGAUUUACAGAGUGAGUGCACAGUUCCGGGGACCUCCGCCCGCCUACCUUCUGCCUGGAAGUGCUUCCCUGGUAUGGGGCUGUGCUUGUGUGGCAUACAUCUCCUGCAGAACCUAGCUAGUUGAAAUAAUCUGCAUUUUGAAUUGAAUUUCAAAGACUUCCAUUUUAGUUACAGAUAUAAGCUCUUGUAAAAUGUAUUUAAAUAGUUUGCUGCAUUUCUAGAGCAUGUUUUACUCUUCUUACCAGUAUGCUGAUAGUCUUUUGAAAUGAGCAGGAGAAGAAAUUGCCACUGACUUCUGUAUCUUUCCUUUCAGAGCGGAUAACACUUGGGAGCCAGAGGAUAACCUGGAUUGUCCAGAGCUGAUCUCAGCUUUCUUGGAAGCCCAGAAGACCGUGGUGGAGAAGCCUGACUCCAACAAGCGGAAGUCUUCAACAGAUGAGCCAGAGACGGAGGGAAACAAAGCCAAGAAGAAGAAGGAUGUGGUGAGUGUCCGAAUUAACCCGUGUUUUUGUUUCAAAUCAAUGUUGUAGGAUUUUGUGUUUUUGUAGGCCUAACUAUUUUGUGUAUAGGCUAGUCUGCAAGUGCAAUAGUUAUUUUAUCAGUUUGUCAUGGUUUCCAGACUGGUUGCAUGGGAGCUGUGGUUUAUUUCUGUACCGUGUGUUUCAGAGUGACAAACCACGGGGCUUUGCCAGGAGCCUGGAUCCAGAGAGGAUAAUCGGUGCUACAGACAGUAGUGGAGAACUUAUGUUCUUGAUGAAGUGGUGAGUCUCAAAUUGCAAAACAUGAACUCUUCACCUGUGCUGUUCCUCUCAAAUAUCACUCAUUUUUCAGGGUUGCACAGCCCAAGAGCCAUCCCUCAUAUAAUUGAUCUUCCCUGAUAUAACGUUGUUCACCUCCUAAUAUUACUGUACUUGUGCCUUUGGAAAAUUCACAUUUUAGUUUUCUAAUGUGCACCUGAACUUUAUUAUCCUGAUCAGUGCUACUUGCUGAAUAGGUGAGUGUUAUUAUUCUGAUCAAUAGCCACUAAUAAAACCAACGUCCCUCUGCUCUACAGGAAAGACUCAGACGAGGCGGACCUGGUCCCGGCCCGUGAGGCCAACACCCGCUGCCCUCAGGUGGUCAUCUCCUUCUAUGAGGAGAGGCUGACCUGGCACUCCUGUCCCGAGGACGAGGCGCAAUAACACCCCUUCCUCACCCAACUGACCUUCGACCCCGUCCCUGUUCCUGCCUCUCAGGACUGUUCUCCAUGUCUCCACUUUUUUUGUUAUUUACAGCAUGUUUAGCCAUAGUAUUAGUGCAGAGCAGUCAGGUGAAAGUCUGUGCUUUUGUACAUAUUUUAGUGAUAGGACGGUGUUAUUUACUGGGAAUGGGACCGAUGAGGAGAAACAGGGAUGGGUGAUUUGUCGCUUUUUAAUGGACCUAUUCCUCAUCCCAAUACUGGUAGGUACUGGUUCCUCAAUUGAUAUGUAGUUACAGUUGGAAAUGUACACCAUGGUUUAUACAAAAGUUGUUUGUUUGUUUUCCCCCAUAAUCACUUGUCUGACAUCUCCUUCUCCCUCCUGUUAAAGUAGUUUUUGUUUUAACCCCCCCC